UGGGGAGGAGCUUGAGCUGAAAGGCGCAGAGUGAGAGGAUAGGAAGCUCAGAGCCUGAGCGAGCCAGCGUGAGAGAGGAGGCAUAUUCAGAGACUCCAUCAGAGAGACUAACUUAGGUACAACAGACUGUGUAACAGGAAUAGACAGUGGCAGAGAGCUUUGCAUGAGAAACAUCAAAACCUCAAGGACAGAAGGGAAGUAAGCGAGAGUAUUUGAGUUUGUGGAGUCCUGUGUUUGCUGGUCUACUCGGUUAUCCAUCUCCAUCUGGGUGCCAUCUGUGUCUCUGGCUUUGGCCUUCACUGCGCUGGAGCUCACAUAUGUGGGAAUGCAAACACAUGCCUGACAUAUGAAGGCGUGGAGUCACAAAAGAGGACAAAAAGCAGAGGACAAGAAAACUCUGCCACUGCAGCUGACUUUCUUCAAGGACUGAAGAGUGGACUCUACUAGAGUGGAGCUGUCAUUUAACCAGAAAGGAAUCAAUUCUUCCACAUGACAAGCAGAGCAGAAGAAACUAGACAGUACAGAGAAGAAGAGCCCUGCCAUGCCCGGGUCGCCUGUGGAUGCUAAGACUCAUUCCAGAUCAGCCCCCAGCAGCAGCGCCAGCUCCACAAUGCCACCCCUGCCUUCUGUCAACCCCAGUGGCCCUCGUCCGGCCUCCUUUUCCACCACAGCAUUGACAAAUGGGAAUCAUCAUUCCCCACCAACGCUGAACGCGGUGCCCUCACCACCACAGCGUUACAGCAAUGGACCAUCUUCUUCUUCAUCUUCAUCGCUGGCUAAUCAGCAGCUGCCGGCCACCUGUGGGGCUCGCCAGCUGAGCAAGCUGAAACGUUUCCUGACCACGCUGCAGCAGUUUGGCAACGACAUUUCUCCCGAGAUCGGAGACAGCGUCAGAAGCCUAGUUCUGGCCCUUGUGAACUCAACAGUUACCAUUGAGGAGUUUCACUCAAGGCUUCAGGAGGCCACCAACUUCCCCUUGCGGCCCUUUGUUAUUCCUUUUCUCAAGGCAAACCUUCCCCUGCUGCAGAGGGAGUUGCUCCACUGUGCACGAGCAGCCAAGCAGACCCCAGCUCAGUACUUGUCUCAGCAUGAGCACCUCCUGCUAAGCACCACCAUGACUUCCUCUCCAGACUCCUCUGAGUUGCUGAUGGAGCCUCCUGAGGCAGGGACAAAACGACACAGCCCCAGCAGGGCAAAGGAGAACGGCUUCCAUGAACGUCCUCCAGUAGCAAUGGAGCCUGCAGCUAAACGGAUUUGCACCAUCAGCCCCGCUCCACGACACAGCCCCGCCCAUCCGCUGCCCCUCACUGCCCAGCUUCACCCAACUCCUCCACCCUUGCAACACUAUGCCUUGGAUGACAUAGCAGCUCCACACCUCUUACACCGCGAGCACAGCCAACGUGUGCUGGAGAUCCGUGAACUUAAGGACAGGCCACGACUGCCUGGCACUAACGGAGGCUAUCGUGAGGAGCCGGUGGACCACAGACUGACAGACAGAGAGUGGGCUGAUGAAUGGAGGCAUCUGGAUCAUGUGCUGAACUGCAUCGUGGACAUGGUGGAGAAAACCAGGAGGUCAGUAAGCGUGCUGAGACGCUGCCAGGAGUCGGAUCGAGAGGAACUGAACUACUGGAGGAGACGUUCGAGCGAGCAGGAAGAUCUUCGCAAAGGAGGCUCCGGCUCCACUCCGUUUUCCAAAACACACAGCCCGCUCUCUGCAGAGUCGGACUCCCAGCGGGACUUUGGUCCGCGGCCAGGUUCAGCAUAUGUCACUGACGAGAUCUGGAGGAAAGCUGAGGAGGCAGUGAACGAAGUGAAGCGUCAGGCCAUGGAUGAGGUUCAGAAAGCAGUGGCAGAGGCCGAGCAGAAAGCUUUUGAGAUGAUCGCUGCAGAGAGAGCAAAAAUGGAGAAGACUCUAGCCGAGGCAAAGAGGAAGGCUCAAGAGGAUGCCAUCAUGGUCAUCAAUGAACAGGAGGACUCGAGUGAGUGUUGCUGGAACUGUGGCCGUAAAGCUAGCGAGACGUGCAGCGGCUGCAACGCCGCUCGUUACUGUGGCUCCUUCUGCCAGCACAAAGACUGGGAAAGGCAUCACCUCAUCUGCAGCCCAGGACUUCAAGCUCAGCCUAAACCGGUCUCUGCCAUCGCUGCGAACAGGGUCGCUGCCGUGACCGCAGCGGCUGCAGCUGGGAUGUCUCCUGUCGGCGUAGCCGGGGUCAAAGCUCCCGACAGCAUGCCUUUGGCCUCCAGUCCAGGUGGCGAAAAGGCUUCAGUUGCUUCUCGGUCCUCCACUCCCUCCACCCCUGCCUCAGCCUCUGAGACCAAUGGACAUUAAGGAUGCAGAGGACUUCAGAGCUUAACACAACGACUGUCCUCUUUGUUGUUGGGGAAGAGUUGAAUCAGCAGCAUGAGGAAACUAUUUGUGGGUUAAGUUAGGAUAACAGAUUUUUCAUCAUACUUUGGCAGAUAAAUAAAGACAGAUUAUGGAUGACUGUUGUGAGUGAUGCGUCAACUGGGACUUUGGCUUUGGCGAAGAACAAAGAGACUUGUUUAGCAUGCAGUCAUUGGAUGAACAGAUCUCCAUAACAGAUGGAAACGUCUUUCUGGUCCAAAACCCCAAAUCCAGGAUCUGUGCUGGAAAAAAAUUUGAUAAUUGAUCACAAGAGAGGAAGUUUUUAAAGGAAGGCAUAAAACUCUCCCACCCACUAGACAAUAUCACUGUUUCUGUGUGUAAAACUAAGAUGAGGAGGUAGGUAAAUGUAAACAGUGUAAAAGUACCAGCCCUAAGUGUCUGUCUUUGUUGUUUAGUAAAAAAA